AUGGACGAUCCCCCACCAGGAUCCCGUCUUGCGGUUGUCCGCUCUCAAAUCGCGAUCGACUCCGACUCUAGAUCGGAUGAGUCUAGAUCCACCACUUCUACCAACGACACAGCCAACACAGACACCGAGCCAUUCCCUGAGUAUGACGAGUCCGAGUGUGAGAUGCUUGGAUCUUCCCUCGCAGCUGAGAAGCCCCUCGAGGAAGCAUGGAUCUCCGCUCUCGGCAGAGCCACCCAGCAAGAGAUCCGCAUGCUCCAUGUCGAUCCUAACAUUGUUCCUUACUGCAAAAGCGAACCAUCUCAGCGUAGCCAGGUCGUCCUCGGAAAGCUGCAAGAUCUCCUCUCCGAACCGCAAUUGGGUCCUGAGAUCCGCGAGCAAUUUAUCGCUAUCAUCAACGCUACCCUUAAAGUCAACCUCGUCAUUUUCCACCAGAGUCCAGAGUUUCUAGGCCUCCGAGAGAUGAAAGACGCAAGACGUCCUCUCGACACUAUCAUCAAGCACGUCCAAUUCAUAGAAGACAUGCUUAAAUGGCAGCUCCAGACUGCCGAAAAGGUCUCUUACGUCCUGGAGGAUGUCUCCAUGGAGCCUAUCCUUCCCUACGAGCGGCUUCGCAAAAUGGCGACUAUGGUCGCUCAUGCCCAUGUUUCUGGUCUACCCUCUGCUUCAGCACUAAUGCUCAAUGAGCAGGAAUAUGAAGAAGCCCCGCUACCUCGAACGACGACUACUUGCUUUGUACAUGGAUAUGUACGAGGAAUGGGUCCAUACUCCUUUCCUUCGUUUGCGCAAGCCUCAACUCCUGGACGAGCAGUUCCCAAACUUCCCACGCACAAAGUUUUCUCGUCAUGUCCUUGUUGUCUGGGGGCGAUCCACCGCUGCAUCGAAAUUUACGGUACCUUGACCCGGGUCACUCUUGAAAUCAAACGACAAUACUUUGCGCCAACGAUGGGCUAUCUUUGUGACUCGCCAGAGAUCUGGAAGCAAUGCUGGAAACAAUACCAGGAAUUCGAGAAGGAUCAGCACGAGUCAGCCGAGCAGGGUUUCUCUGAAUGCGCCCUGAACUGA